GCUCUAAAAAGUCCUACACUUCUCAUUGUUGUCAUUGCUACUAUAGCUCACAAGUUUUUGGCCAAUGUGAACUAGCUCCAAUAAAUACCAUUCUUUGAUCCCUCUCCUUUGGAUGGACAAAAACUUGACUAUCUUCCUUCUUUCUCUCUUUUUUGGCUUUAUUUUCAUCAUAUCUUUCUUUAUUUGAUUCCUAUUCUGCUCUAGAUCAAAAGGUACAAUAAAUCAUUCUCAUCUUGUUAUCUUUUUUAUAAUGCUUCUUUUCAACAGUUCAAUCCUGUUCCAUUGAAACAACUUGAAGUUGUCAUCCAGAAAAUCAUAAUGAGACUUGUUCUUCUCCUCCUCCCAAUUGUGUUCUUCAAUGGUUUGUGCAAAUCAGAUGUCAUGACUGCUCCAAUGCAUAAGGGAGAACUCCAAGCUCUCUAUCUUGUGAUUCAAGGUUUCACAGGCAAUUCUUGGAAUGUUUCUCAAUUGUAUCCUGAUCCUUGUGGAUGGACACCAAUCCAGGGAGUUUCAUGUGAUAUUUUCCAUAAGUUAUGGUCUGUAACAUCGAUAAACAUCGGUCCGGUCUUCGAGAAUUCUCUUGCAUGCACUCCUCAAGCAAACUUCAAUCAAUAUAUAUUUGGGCUCAAGCAUCUGAGAAGUCUCUCAUUCUUCAAUUGCUUCUCUUCUCAACAUCCCACUAAAAUACCAUCCAAUGCAUGGAAACAUCUAUCUGAAAGUCUAGAGAACUUAGAAUUCAGAUCAAAUGAAGGCCUUGUUGGAAAAAUUCCAAAAAGUUUUGGACAUCUCACAAACCUCAAAUCACUAGUACUUGUUGAGAAUUCACUAACAGGUGAAGUUCCACAAGAACUUGCCAACUUGGUAAAUCUGAAAAAGCUUUCUCUAUCCAGUAAUGCAUUAUCAGGCAGAAUUCCAGCUUCUCUUGGCUACAACAACAGCAUGAAUCAACUCUUGAUCUUAGAUUUCAGCAGAAACUCAAUUACUGGUCCUAUACCUUCAUCACUUGGUUCUAUGAUUUCACUUCUGAAGUUGGAUUUGAGCAACAAUAACUUGAAUGGAAUGCUUCCUUAGAACUUGGAAAUCUUAGAAACCCUCACA